AUGGAGGGAGGUGGGGGGCGGUGUGUUGAUCGUGUCACCCCCCCUCAUUUUGUGGACCCUCCAGCCACUGAUGGAGGACUCCCUCAAAGGCAAAGCCCCCCGGACACCCCCGUGCUAGGGGGUCCCGAGGCCUCCUGUGCCGGGGGGGGGGCAGCGAGAAGCUCUCCCCGACUUUCGGGGGCCGUCUGUGGGCUCAAGGCGCCGUGUCCCCACAUCCCCCCCCCCCGCCCCCGCCGGCUGCUGCUGCUUCCCCCCCGCUCCGGCAUUUCCGCUGGUGACACGCAGCCCGGGCAGCCCUCGCCCUCCAACCUCCGCUUUCCCGCAGGGCCGGUGCCGGGAGCCUCCGGGGGUGCAGCCCGGCCGCCCCCCGCCAUGCCGGGCGCUGCCCUCCUGCUCUGCGGGGUGGUGGUCCCGGCUGCGCUGCUCUGCGCGCAGCCCCUGCCCCGCGUCACCUUCCCCUGCGGGGACCCCCGGCGGGCCCUGACCCUCUUCAGCCAGGACAACGUCUCCCACUACGACGUCUUCCUGCUGCACGAGAGCGAGGAGGAGCUGUACGUGGGGGCACGGGACCGGGUGCUGGCCCUGGCCAUCGACACCCCGGGGAACAUCCACGUCAAGGCCUCUAUAACGUGGGGACCCACAGCCCAGAAAACCUCUGAGUGUGCUUUUAAGAAGAAGAGCCAGGAGACUGAGUGUUUCAACUUCAUCCGUGUCCUCGUGGCCCUGAACCAGACCCACCUCUACGUCUGUGGGACCUACGCCUUCAGCCCCGCCUGCACCUACAUCCACCUGGAGAACUUCACACUGGUGUCCAGUGGCAGAGGACAACCUUUCCUGGACGGGAAGGGCCAGUGUCCCUUCGACCCCCAGCACACCUACACUGCCCUGCUGGUGGACGGUGAGCUCUACGCUGGCACCAUGAACAACUUCCUGGGCAACGAGCCCAUCAUCUCCCGCUCGCUGGGCAGCCGGACCCAGCUGAAGACGGACGCCUUCCUGCGCUGGCUGUCGGACGACGCUGCCUUCGUGGCCUCCUUCAGCAUCCCUGGGGAUGACAAGGUCUACUUCUUCUUCGAGGAGACGGCCGAUGAGUUUGAUUUCUUCGAGCGGCUCCUGGUGCCGCGGGUGGCCCGGGUCUGCAAGAGCGACGUCGGAGGGGACAAGGUGCUGCAGAAGAAGUGGACGACCUUCCUGAAGGCCCAGCUGGUGUGUUCCCAACCCGGCCACUUCCCCUUCAACGUCAUCCAUCACGCCUUCCUCCUGCCCCGCCGCGCCGGCGGCGCCGACAUCUACGCCGUCUUCAGCUCGCAGUGGCAGGCGGGCAGGGCGGGCAGCGCCGCCGUCUGCUCCUACAGCCUGGAAGCCCUGGAGAAGGUCUUUGAGGGCAAAUACAAGGAGCUGAACAAGGAGAGUUCCCGCUGGACGGUCUACAGCGGCGCUGAGAUGAGCCCCCGGCCCGGCAGCUGCUACAUGGGUCCCUCCUCUGACAGAGCCCUCACCUUCAUGAAGGAGCAUUUCCUCAUGGACGGGAAGGUGACACCCACCCGGGGGCAGCCGCUGCUGGUGAAGACGGACGUCACCUACACACGCGUCGUGGUGGAUGAGACUCGCGGUGUCUCGGGUGUCACCUACCGCGUCAUGUUCCUGGCCACGGCGGAGGGGUUCCUGCACAAAGCGGUGGAGCUGCACGAGGGUCCCCACAUCGUGGAGAGCAUCCAGCUCUUCAGGACACCCGAGCCAGUGAAGAACCUACUUCUGGCCCCAGGGAAGGGCAUCCUCUACGUGGGCUAUUCUGGGGGUGUCCUCCAAGUCCCGUUGGCCAACUGCAGCCUGCACCGGAGCUGUGCCGAGUGCGUGCUGGCCCGGGACCCCUACUGUGCCUGGCACAGCUUGGAGGGCUCCUGCCAGCCCACCCGGGCCACCACUGACCAGGACAUGGCCGUGUGGCUGCAGGACGUGGGUGCCGGGAGAGCAGCCCCCCUGUGUCAGCACGGCCGGAGCUCGGUGCUGCCCCGGGCCUGGGGGGCACCCGAGGAACCCCCCGCAGAGAGCCUCAGCCCCCGGCUCAACACCGUGGUCCGCCUGCCGUGCCCCCAGCCCUCCGCCAUGGCCACCUACAGCUGGCAGCGGCCGGGGGGCAGUGGGGGGCCCCCUGGGGACGCCGUGGGACCCUCUGGGGACGCCGUGGGACCCCCUGGAGAUGCUGUGGGACCCUCUGGGGAUGCCGUGGGACCCCCUGGAGAUGCCGUGGGACCCUCUGGGGACACCCUGGGACCCUCUGGGGAUGCCCUGGGACCCCCUGGAGACGCCCUGGGACCCUCUGGGAACACCGUGGGACCCCCUGGAGACACCCUGGGACCCUCUGGGGACGCCCUGGGACCCCCUGGAGAUGCCGUGAGACCCCCUGGAGACACCCUGGGACCCUCUGGGGAUGCCCUGGGACCCCCUGGGGACACGGCGCUGCUGCCCGACCAGAGCCUGGUGUUCAUCAUGCGCCGCGGAGCCGCCGGCACCUACAAGUGCCGCGCCACCGAGAACGGGCACAGCUGGACCGUGGCUCAUUACCAGCUGCGGGACCCCGGCGGGGACCCCCCCGCCCUGGAAGGGUUGGCCGAGGAAGGGCUUGGCAGGGAGUCCUCCGGCUCCAGCACCCAGCAUUCGUACUGGUCCCAGUUUGUCACGGUCACGGUGCUGCUGGGGGUGACGCUGGCGGCCGCCGCCUGCCUGGCCCUGCUGGCCGCCCGGGAGCAGCUGAGGGCUCACAGCAAGGUGAGGGGCUGCAGUGCCCCCCCGAGCCCCCCGGCACGGCCGCGGGAGAAGGUGCCCCUCAACGGGGCCGCCAGGGAGCCCCCGGCACCCCAAGUGCCCUCAGAGGAGGAGGAGGAGGAGGAGGAGGAGGAGGAGGAGGAAGGCUCCCGGGCUUGCUGCCUCCAGCUCGAUGGGGACAUUGAUGCUGAGAACAACAGGGUCUGUGUGACAGCAGGAGACACGGCGUGACGGGGCGUGGUGUGAUGGGACCUGGUGUGAUGGGACCUGGUGUGAUGGGACCUGGUGUGAUGGGACCUGGUGUGAUGGGGACUCUGUGAUGGUGACACGGAAUGGUGGGGACACUGUGAUGGGGGACAUCAUGUGAUGGGGACUUGGUGUGAUGGGGACACUGACGGGGACUUGGUGUGAUGGGACCUGGUGUGAUGGGGGGACAUCGUGUGACAGGGACUCUGUGACGGGGACUCUGUGAUGGUGACAUGGAAUGAUGGGGACUCUGUGAUGGGGAUGCUGUGAUGGGAGACAUCAUGUGAUGGGGACAUGGUGUGAUGGGGACUUGGUGUGAUUGGGGACAUCAUGUUAUGGGGACAUCAUGUGAUGGGGACUUGGUGUGAUGGGGACAUCAUGUGAUGGGGACACUAAUGGGGACAUGGUGUGACGGGGACUCUGUGAUGGUGACGUGGAAUGUGUGAUGGGGACACUGUGAUGGGGACACGGAAUGGUGGGGACUCUGUGAUGGGGACACCGCGUGACGGGGGGCACAGUGUGACAGGUGCAGUGUUGGGGGGCACAGUGUGACAGGGACGCAGAGCGAGGCCACCCGCAGCUCGGGGGACACGGAAGGGGAAGGUUGUUUCUGCUCUUCCAUAGUGGAACAGACACGUUUUCAUA